AUGGCGGUACAUCGGAGUUGGCUUCUAGUGAGCUUCUUCCUCCUUGAGUUUCUCCUCUUGGAGGCUGCAAAAAUCCUGACUAUAUCUACACUGGGUGGAAGCCAUUAUAUAGUGAUGAGCCGAGUGUCACAAAUUCUCCAUGGCAGUGGCCACAAUGUGACCAAACUUCUUCAUGAAAUGGUCCACAUCCCAGAUUUUAGAAAAGAAAAACCAUCAUAUCAGGUUUUAAAUUGGCAUCUACCUGAAGAUCUACAAAAGAAAUUUGAUAAUAGAAUGCAUCUCCUUACAGAAGAAUUAUCUUAUGGCAGUAUAUGCUUCAUCUAUAACCACCCAGUUGUACUGGACUUGGAGAAUUUUAUCUCUCAGUUUGGAGACUCAGGUUUUGUCCUUGUGGCCCUGGGCUCCAUAGUGAGCGUAUAUCAGACCAAGGAAGUUAUUAAGGAGAUGAACAGUGCCUUUGGUCACCUCCCUCAAGGGGUGCUAUGGACAUGUAAGGAUUCUCUUUGGCCUAAAGAUGUCAGAUUGGCCCCAAAUGUCAAAACCAUGGAUUGGCUUCCACAGACUGACCUUCUGGCUCACCCUAGCAUUCGUCUGUUUGUCACCCAUGGGGGGAUGAACAGUGUAAACGAGGCCAUCCAGAAUGGAGUACCCAUGGUGGGCAUUCCAUUUUUUGCUGACCAACCUGAAAACAUGGUCCGAGUAGAAGCAAAGAAAAUUGGUGUUUCUAUUCAGAUGCAGAAGCUCAAGGCAGAGACAUUUGCACUCACAAUGAAAGAAGUCAUAGAAAACAAGAGGUACAAGUCUGCAGCAAUGGCUUCCAAGAUUAUCAGGCAGUCCCAUCCUCUGACACCUGCCCAGAGGCUUGUGGGCUGGAUAGAUCACAUCUUGCAGACAGGGGGUGCAGCACAUCUUAAGCCGCAUGUUUUCCAGCAACCAUGGUAUGAGCAGUAUCUGCUAGAUGUCUUGCUCUUACUGCUAGGGCUCACACUGGGAACCUCAUGGCUUUGUGUUAAGGUUCUUGGUGCUGUGGUCAGGUAUCUGAGUGGAGUGAGGAAGGUCAAGCAGACAUAA